UAUAACUCUAAGGCGGAUACUUCUCUUGAACCGUUCAUAAUGAAUAAAACUUUCAUAAUUAAGUUAUGUCUGUUAAGCUUGAUUAUGUUACUGUGGUUUCUGUUUAUCAUGAACCACGUGGGAUUCCAAAAGACCUUGCAUCUGGAUGAAAUUAGCGACACUGGAGGCCAUGCUCAAGAAAAGGCUAAAACGCAGGCUGACACAAAUAGGGCAUAUCAAGAAAGCAAAAUAAUACAGAAAAAUGUGAUUUUUCUAAAGCUGCAUAAAGUUGGCAGUUCAACUUUACAAAACCUUUUUUUCCGAUUUGCAGAUAACAAUGACCUUAAUAUGGCCAUUCCCCUAGGACUCCAAUCAGGUAUUAAUAUAUUUGAAUAUCCUAAGGUUUUCUCAGAUAAAUAUGUAAUGAAAUCGACGGAACCCUUCAACAUGAUCGCCCACCACAUGCGAUAUAGCACAGAUGUCCAUAAAGUAAUGCCUAAAGGGACAAAAUCCAUAACAAUCAUAAGAAAUCCGGAUACACAAUUCGUAUCGGCCUUCAACUAUUUUGGUUAUAAGAACUGUUACAAUGGUGUUGGGACAAUAGACGAUUUUGCCCAGAUUGUUGUAAAAGGUGGACAGAGUGCCAAAUGGUGUGUACUUCCAACAAGAAACAUGAUGUUAUUUGAUUUUGGACUAGAAUCAAAUGAUACAAUAAACGAUGUUCUUGUAACUGAAAAAGUUGAGGAAAUUAGCGCAAACUUUGACUUGGUCAUGCUCACUGAGUAUUUCGAUGAGAGUUUAGUUUUAAUGCGUGAUAUUUUGAACUGGUCAACCGAAGACAUUGUGUAUUUAACCAAAAUUAAAAACCGUAAGCCCAAGAAGAAAAUUACAUCAGAAACAAUAGAACUCCUCAGGAAAUGGAAUUCUGGUGACGUACGUCUCUAUAAUUACUUCAAUAAAACAUUUUGGGAAAAGGUAGAGAAAUAUGGUCGAAAUAAACUUACUAUUGAAGUCGAGAAGCUUCGAGAUACUAACAAGAAAUGGUACGACUUUUGUGUCAAAGACAUGGUUCCGGGUACAGAAAUUGUGGACCCUGAAUUUAAAGCCGAUUACAAAGAUGACACGGUUAUGGGGUAUAAUCUUAAUGAUGAUGCGGUUGAUGCUACACUUUGUCGGCAGCUUGCUAUGCAAGAGUGGCCAUAUAGUAGAAAGAUCAUCAAAAGAAUGAAAGAGUUAAAAUACAUAGUUAACUAAUAAUAUUUCCAGCGUUUCCAUUCCCUUCAAAAUAUAUUGUUUAUGAAGCUAUACAUGUUGCAACAACGACUCGUGGUUCUACAUAUAAAGUAAUCUCAAUUGUCUCUAUGCCUGUUGUAAAAUAUAAAUGCAAACAUUACUUUUAUGUUUAUCGUAUCACAGCAUUGACAUAUUCUCUAUAAGCUUCUAGAUCUUGAAGCUAUGAAUAACUUUAUUUCAUAUCACAAUGGUUAUUUCGAUUGCAGGGCACGAUGUCUUCCGGCAAUAACAUAUAGAAAAAUAGUCUAAAAAUGAUAUAAUUAUGUCCGAUUCUCAAAUAUUUGAAUGGUUUGGUAAGUUGUUUUUUCACUUGGG